AUGCUAUAAGUUAUCUUAGUUUAUAUACUUUUCAGUUUAAUACAGACAAGUUUCUCUUUUAUUCUGAGCCCAGAAGACGAAAAAAAUAUACCUGUUUUUUAACCAGUCCCAUCAUUAACAAUAGAUACUUCUUUGCUAUGUAAAGAAGGAUAAUCAUAUUAAAUAUAACCAUUUACUCAAUCAUCUAAAAAAUAUGUAGCACUCAGCAUGGCAAAAUGUGGAGUAUAUAUCUUUGAUACUACAAAUUUAAAUAACCCUUAAAUUGUUUUUAAUGACACUCUCGCACUUAAUGGAACAACAUAGGGAAUAAUUUACAGCGAUACUAUUAAUUUUCUAUGGAUUGGACAUUCGACAGGUUUAUUUUUUGGCAUCGAUACUAAAAUUUGGCCUUUUUCUAUCACAAUAAAAGGAGUAUCUAAAGGUAAUUUAUCAAUAAAUUAGAUAGUACUAUGGCCUCUGGAUAAUAAUGUCCUCUUUUUAAUGUGCUAUACCUAAUUUUAAAUAUUUGAUUUUAGAUAGCCAAGUUAAGGGUUUAUCCAUCUAUAAUCAGUUAUUGUUAAUGGAAUUAAUACCUUUUAAAUUGAAUUUGUUAGAUAAUACUCUUUUGCUUUAGUUACUACAUCAAAUGUAGGAGUUUAGUUUUUUAAAGUUAACAAUGGUUAAAAUAUAAACAGUAUUUCUUUUACUUAUUCCUGUUUAUUAAAGCCUCUCUUUUUUGACGUUGUUAACUUUUAACUACUUGAUGAGAACACCAUCGCUAUUAUGAUGCAAUAUAGAGGUGUAUUUAUGUUCAAUAUUCAAAAUUUUCUAGAUAGCGGAGGCUAGACUUGUACUUCUACAAUAUUUUAAUAGAUUGAUUUAACUGAAUUUGAAGGAUUAGGUGAUCAUUGGGGAGUUUAAGUAUAUGAUAUUCAGAAUAAGUCAUUCUAUAUUGUCCAAAGAAUAUUUGUUGAUUCUAGCUCUAGAGAUUUAAAGUUAAGCAGCGCAGAAGAUCUCCUUUAUUAUACAAACUCAUUAACACUGUAAAUUUUUGAAAGGACUACCCCAAAUUUCAACAGAGAUGUUCCAAAUUUAAUGUUGAAUUAGUAUUAACUUAGUUCUUAUAACUUCUACAAAGAAGACAGUAAACAUGGCAGUCUAGAUUACUCUUGCAUUUUCAAUUAGAAUAAACAGGAACUUUAUAUAGCGAGAGCUGAUUAUGGAUCUGCUGCGUUUAAAUAUUCUGGACAAGGAAUUUUAGAGAGUUUAUCGUUUGUCUAUAGACAAUCAAGUUCGUCAUUUCCAAAUAGUAAAAUUAGUUUUCUCAAAGAUAAUAGCACAGCUUAUCUAACUCGCAUAGGAGCAGGAUUAUCAAUUAUCGAUUUUAGUAAUUCUAGUUCUCCAAUAAUAUUAAAAGAAAAUGUUACUUUAGGUUCUCCUUUUGUUGCAUAUAUCUAUGUUGACUUCUUCAAAGAUUUUUAAUUUGGAGUUGUUACUAAUUAUAUAAACGGAUAUAUAAUUUCUAUUAAAGAUCCUCUCAAUCCUUUUAUUGUCAGCGUCAUAGAUACAUAUAAGUAUACAUAAGGAGAUAGUAGUUUUAUUACAUUCUUUAUAGGUAAGGAUGAGAACAAAAUAUUCAUGAGGCUAGACUCUUAUGGAAUUCUUGUAGGAAAUAUUACUGAUCUGUUAAAUCCUUAAAUAGUUUCUUCAUAUUUUUCUUAUGAAACUGCAGAUUUUAAAUUAACGUAAGAUUAGUAGUAUGGGAUUUUAGCUGCCACUUUCAAAGGUAUUAUAAUAUUGUAAAAUCAGCCUAAUUAUACGCUAACAGAAAUAUCUCAAUUGAAGAUAGUGGGUUCUCUUCAUCAUAUAAUUUUGAUUUCAAACGACUAGUAUAUUUUAGCUACAACUUAUGAGUAUCCUUCAAUAAUUUUAAUAAGCAUAGUUGAUAUUCUGAAACCUACAAUUGUAUAAAUUAUUGGAGAUUCAGGUGUAUUCGGUUACUAUAGCUUGUGUCUUACCAGUGAUAAUACAUAGGUAUUUAUAACAGGCUAGUAUUUCUUAUAUCUUCUUUAAAUUUAAAAUUAAAUAAUCUUGCAUACUUAAAUUUAUUUAGUAUAAAGCUUAUCUAAUUCUAAUGAAUUUACAAGAUAAGUCUUACCAAAAGGAUAACCUUUAUAAGUUGGAUAAAAAAUUGAGAUGCAUUUGGUUCCCAUUUACUAGAGUUAAAGUAUAAGAGUAAAUAGUGCUCAGUAUUAUUUUUAAAACAUUCUUCAAGCUUUACCCUCUUGGAUAAUAUUUUAGCCAAGCACUUAAAUAUUAAGUUUGAGUAUUAGCAAAGAUUCUCUUUAAAAAGAUAGUGAAGGAUAAUAUAUUGACACUAUUUAAUAAGUAGUUUUCUUAACUUACCAGUAGGUAGAAGAUUCGGCUUUUGUAAAUAAUUACCUACAAAUCAACGAUGAAGACUCUCUUUCCAUAAAGAAAGCCUGCAUAAUUAAUGGAAUUAUGGAUUAAAGCGGAUUCGUUUAACCUUCCUAUACUCCAUCUUAAGAAUUAAAUCUUGGAAUAAAUGAAUUAGUUUAUCUAGCAAAAUGGAAAGAUUCGAAUUUAAGUCUUGUUAAGCAAUUUAUAUAGUAUGUUAUAAACUAAAAUAUUAUAAACUAUACUAUCAGCUUUUAUAUUACUUAAUCGAUUCAAGUUGAUUUAAAAAAUAAGAAUUAAAUAAUAUUUUCUAUUUAAAAUGACAUUACAGUUUAAUUACAAAUUGUUGAAAGAAUUGAUGGGGGAUAUAUUCUACCUACAAACAAGAUUAAAUUUGUCAAUAAAAGCUAUCCAAGUGUACUUAUUCUAAUCUCUUCUGCCUAAGAUUAGCUUAAACUGGAGGGUAGCCUUAAUAAUAUAAAUAGCAUAUUAUAAAACGGUGUGAAGUAUUCAAUUAGCAACAAUAUUUUCUCCGAUGAUAUAUUAAUUUAAAUGACUGUUUCUGAUGGAGUUAACUAUGAUUACAUCAAUACUUUUUCUUAUAAAGAAGUGGUAUUUUUAUCUUAAUAAACUCCUGUUACUCUUUCAUAAGACAUUAAUUUACAAAGAGACUUUAACUCUUAGUAUGAUAGUGGAAAAAUUUAUAUUUAUGAAAGCUUUUAGUAUCAAAUAAGUAGUUCAGUCUUUACAUGUAAUGAUUCACCUCUCUUACAGUACUCGGUUUAGAUAAAAUAACAAAACAAAUUUGUUGAUAUUCCUAAAGGUUAUUGGAUUUAAUUUUCUCCUACAGAAAGAGUGUUAACUGGUAAUCCCCCGGUUUCUUAUUUAAACAGUUUUGUUGUGAUCUAAGUUAAUGCUACAGAUGGCUACACUUAUAGUAUUGAUCAAUUUACCAUAAAUCCCUGCAUGAUACCUUUCAGUUACGCUAUUCAGUUAGCUAUUUAAAUUCUUGGACCUAUAUUUGGUAUACUCGGAUUGUAUAAGUAUAAGCAUUUGAUCUAUAAUAUAUAUUUUAAAUAAUAAUAUAUCUACUCUAAAGAUGUUGCCUAUGUAGGAGAAAUAUAUUAAAAAUAAAUAACAAUAACUAAUGAUGUUAGAGGUUUAGCAAAGAAAUUAUGGAUAUUUUUCCAAAAAACAAUAGGAGAGAAAGAGAUUUUACGUUAAUUAUCUAAGGAAUUAAUGGAGAAAAAUUAGACUACUAGCUACAAAUACUUUAAUCCUAAAAAUAGAGUAUAGAAUUUAAAAAAUAUAGAAGAAGAAGAAGAAGACUAUAUUAGUUUUGAAGAAGAGGUUAUUAAUAAAAUGUACCCUUUUGGAGUAAAUAUAGAUGAAAUAGCAGUAGUUGAUAGUUAAUCUAAAAAUAUUAUGAUGUAAAGUUCUCAAAAGUUUAAAUUAGCUUUAAAAAGAGAAUUAUCAGCAAGAAACAAUAUUAACUAAAAUGAAAAUAGCCUAAAAUUAGAAAAUUCUCAACCAAUUACAGAAAUAUAUACUACGAAUUUUGCAAAAAAUAACUUGAUUGAAUAAAAUCAAAAUCAUUUUUAAUCAAAGAAAUAUAUAACAAAAUAGAAAAACAAUUUAAAUGAUUCAAAUAUAAACUCUAAAUCUGUAGCUGAUAGCAUAAGAUGUGAUCUAUUAGAAAUGUAAAGCUAACAUAUUAAAAUGGAUUAAAGCAAAGUAAAUGAUCUAGCAGGAAAUGAAUAUAAUCUUUUCUAAAAUGGGUAAAUCAAUUUUUUAUCAAUUUUAUAGUUCAUAAAAUAAAAAUAAGAAAACCUACCUGAAAAAAAUAGAAUCCUCAAUAAAAAGUAAUUAGAAUCUCUUUUAAUAAGAAAUUCUGUAUUAUCAUAAGCUGUUUGUUGCUAUUUUGUAGACUACUUAAUAGAAAAAGAUAAAAUUACUAAAAAAAUAUUUGAAUGCAUGCAGAGUAAAGCUUGUUAGUAUUAUUUAGAAAUAGAUUGGUAUAAAGCAUAUGUUGAUAUAAAACCUUCUUUUGGUAACAUAAAUCCCUAUCCUGAAAUGAAUAUUAAUGAAAAGACUUAUUCUGCUUCUCUUAGAGAAAUUUUUAGUUCUAUAUCAAGAUAUUAUUAUGACCCAGAUACUAAAAAUCCUUAGGAAAUAAGAUUUUUUUAAGCUUUAUUGAAAGAAGCUAUUAAAUCAAGAGCCAUUGGAUUCUCUAGCAAAUCGACUAAAUUUUUAUAAGUGACUCAAGGAGAGAGCUUACAUACAUUUAGCAGUCUAAUUUAGUCAGUUAAGACAUUCGAAAAAAACACUAAUAUCUCAUGUUGCUAUACUCUGCAUAAACUUCUAGAUACCCAUUACUUAGAAAAAGGAUUAGCAGAUAAUGAAAAGCUACCUUCUUGGAUUCAUUCUAUAAAUUUAAUUAAUGGAAUUAUAUUAAUUAGUGGAACUCCAGAAAAAAAAGAUAUUGGUAGCAUAUUAAUUAAAAUUAUAGAUUCCUCUAAUUUCAUAGUUAAAAGCUUUGAAAUCCAAGUUCUUUAAAAAUAAACAGAAAAUAACGAUGAGAAAAUUAUUUAAACAUGUGGUGAAAAUAAUGGUUAACUAUAAAAUAUUUAAAAUACUUCAGAUUAAUCAUAAUUUAAUCAGUAAAAAAUAUUUUAAAAAAUGGGAUUAAAGAAAGCUUCUACCUUUGCUAAAAAUACUAAUUUUGAAGUGUAAUUAUCUUAAUUAUAUAAAAUAAAUGAUAGUAAUUAAUUAAGUGGAGUAAGUUUUAAUACUUCUCCAAUAAAUCACACUAAAUAUGUAGACUUAGAUGAAUAAAACUUAUAAUUUGAUGAAGUAUAAGAGAUAGAAUUAAAAUCUAUGAAAAGUGCAUAACAAAACAUUGAAUAAAGAAAACCUCGGUUAGUUAAAUGUUUAAAAUAAUCUGAUUUUGCAAUAAAAAUGAACCAACAAGAAAAUACGGAAUUGACUCAAAAUUCAUUUUUGAGGCUGAAUACAAUAGAAAAAUAAUCAUAUGAUUAAUAAUAUUGA